AGGAUGCACCUACCUCCUGUGCGGGAGCCCCACCGGAGCCUCCUGAAGCUGCAGGGAAAUGUCAGGCUGUUCUGUGCUCACCAGGAAUGGACUUUCCUAUGGGCUGGGUUUGCUGGCCUGGUCCUGGUGGGUGCAGCAGUGAACUUGAGCACUGUGCUGCCCGAGAAGGGGUUCAUUCUGCUGGAGGAGAUAGAACAAGACCCGGCAAAGCCUGGGGCAUGAGCAGAUCUUGGGAUGAACCCGUCUCGCAGCCGAUCCUGGACCUGCUCACUGCAGUCGCCGCAAUGAAGGUGGAAAGGAUGGAAGAUGGAAAACGGUUAUCCCCUCCUCGCUGUUCUGCAGCCGUAUCACCUUGGUAGCCUUCAUCACGAGCUGGAAGGAAGAAUGUUCCUGCUUGUCUGACGAGGCGCUGUGGCUUCUCCCCGGAUUCCCCGGCUCCACCAGCCCUUACUCAUCAGAGCCAGGAUUUCACGAGACCCUCUCCCCCGAAGAUAUUGCUGGGCUGGUGGCCCGGUGGCAGCACAGAGGACGAGCUGCUGGUGCCGGGGCUCCCGGAGCAGAGCCCAGAGGCACCUGCAGGGACCGAGGCGUGUCGUGAAGCCUGAUGCCUCACCUCCCCGAUGUGGAGGCGGAGGGAGGGCCCAGAGACAUGUCCCUGCACGCUCACUACAGCUGAAAACGCAGGAGGAAACUCACUAAAGCCUCUCUGAGCAGCACAGGAGGUGUCACGGUCCUGCUCUCACCCCAGAAGCCCUCCCGUACAGCAGUACUCUGGGGGGGUGGCAGUCCCACACCCGCCGGGCGAUGAACAUCACAAGGAGAAGAGGAUUCUACAGACAGGAGGUGAACAAAACCCUCUGGGAGCUGCCCAGGAGAUACACGUCCCUCCACCCGCUGGGGUCUGGAGCCUACGGCUCAGUGUGUUCAGCCAUAGACAAGAAGACAGGGGAGAAGGUGGCUAUCAAGAAGCUCUGCCGCCCGUUCCAAUCAGAGAUCUUUGCCAAGAGAGCAUACAGAGAGCUCAUGCUGUUGAAGCACAUGCAACAUGAGAAUGUCAUUGGGCUUCUUGAUGUCUUCACCUCUGCUGCCUCCUACCAGGGCUUUCAGGACUUCUACCUGGUGAUGCCAUACAUGCGGACAGACUUACAAAAGAUCAUGGGACAUGAAUUCAGUGAUGAAAAGAUCCAGUACCUGGUCUACCAAAUGCUGAAAGGGCUAAAGUAUAUCCAUUCAGCUGGCAUCAUACACAGGGACCUGAAGCCAGGCAACCUGGCUGUGAACGAAGACUGUCAGCUGAAGAUCUUGGAUUUUGGCUUGGCCAGACACGCUGAUGCUGAAAUGACCGGCUAUGUGGUUACACGCUGGUACAGAGCCCCAGAAGUCAUUCUGAACUGGAUGCAUUACAACCAGACAGUGGAUAUCUGGUCUAUUGGCUGUAUCAUGGCAGAAAUGCUGACUGGGAAAACGCUGUUUAAAGGAAAAGACUACCUGGAUCAACUGACUCAGAUCCUGAAGGUAACGGGGCAUCCAGGAGAAGACUUUGUGGAGAAGCUGGAGGACAAAGCGGCCAAGAGCUACAUCAAGUCCCUCCCUAAAAUCCCCAAGAAGGAUUUGUCUGUGCUUUUCCCCAAAGCCAAUCCUCAGGCAGUGGACCUGCUUGACAAGAUGUUGCAGCUGGACGUGGAGAAGCGCGUGACAGCCACGGAAGCAUUGGCUCACCCCUAUUUUGACCAGUUCCGAGAUGUCGAGGAGGAGACAGAAGCACAAGAGUCUUACGAUGAUUCUCUGGAACACGAAAAGCUUUCCAUAGAUGAGUGGAGAACAAUAUCCAGGUUUGCUGCCCAGACCUCAAUGAAGGGAAAACUCCAGCAGUACCAGAACUUUCUGAGUUCUCAUCUCCAUCGGGAACCAGACAAGGUGAUGUUGCAUCUCUCUGCAGCAGCUCACAUACUCGGGUAACCCCCAGUGACUGCAGUGGUUUGAUACGAGGGUGCUGAUGUUAUCCUGCUGCAGCUGCACAGAUGUUCUGUGCUGAUGUGAUGCUGCUUCUCUUGACCCCUAUCUCUCUGGGCCAUGCACAAGCCAUUUGCCUUGCUCUCCCCCUGGGGCCAGCAAGCACAGAACCGUGGCGAUGUUCCCACCAUUCUCUUGAAAUGCAGUGAGUUGGGUACAAAGCCCUCAAAAGGUGGGCUGGGGACAUGCGGUGCUGUCCUGCUCACUUGCUCUUGAAGAACCCCAGCUUGAUGAGCAUAAGGCAUCAUCCUUAUCCAGCCUUGGGCAGUGGAAGGGGGAAGUUUGAGCUGCACUGGUCAAGCAGCAGUUAAAUGUCCUCUUGAACCUGGCACCCACCUUGGCUGCUGUGGCCUCCAUGUAAUUUUUAACAAAGGUCAGAGAGGAGCUCGCUGCUGCUGCCACAGACAUCUGGAGAGCUGCAGGCAUUGAGGUGCCUGUGCCCUGGUGAAGGUGGGCAGCAGGGGUGGGUUGUCAUCCAGCUCUCUGUGUGUGAAUGCUCGGGGAGGUGUCUCAGGACAUGGGUCAGGCCUGACUCCACGCAACACAGAGAGGCAGGGAAGAGUUGUAAAAGCUCACUCUUGUGGAGGAAAUUGAGCAAAUCUAUGGAGGCUUUAGGAGUACAGAGCUUGCUUUCAGAAAGUCAUCUGUUAUGGGAAAGAACCUGUUCAGACAGAGCUCAUGAACUGCUUUAAAUGGGAAUUUAGGGUUGCUUUCUUCAUCAUAUUGCCCCUCUUCAAAAGGGGAUGGGCAGUCCUGAAGAGGUCUGGAGUUGGCUGGUGCUCUGUCAUGAUACUGAGGGAGAAAACAUCUCUGUGAUAAGUGAAUGUACUGAGCAGUCUACUGGUAGUUGAAAAGGAGCCUCUGUAGUUUUCAGUAAUAAUGUGUUCCAAAGGGGAAUUGUCUGUCUGCUAGAUAAAGAAGUAGUGGGGCUUUUGAUCUGAAUGCGUGUGAGAAGGACAAGGGUGAACACAACCUAGUGGGCUAUGUGGGGGUUGGAACUAAAUGAUCUUAAUGUCCUUUACAACCCAAACCAGCCUGUGAGUCUAUGGAGGUUUUGCUGUUAGCAAAAGCAAAUACAAGUCCCUGUUGCUUCAGGGCUGUGAAGUCUCCUCAGCAGCAGUCCUGCUGAGUACCCUUCCAGCAAACACCCUGUGCUUCAGGGACUGGGUUUCUCAGCAGGUUUUCUCUUUUGAGAGUUCCUGCUGAAACCUCCAGAGCAAAGCCCAACAGCCAGUGUGUGGGUUUCAUCAUUCCCCCACCAGCCCCAUGUAGUGACAGCACACUGUCCAAGAGCCAAACCAUUCAGCUGCAAUUCCCAGUUUCCUGACAAAUGCAGGGAGCUGGUGCUUGGGUGUGUGGUAUGCACUGGGCAGGAACUCGGAAUAGAUGGCAGGAAAUGGAGCAGGUUGGAGUGGAAGGAGUGUCUCUCUGUGGAGACCAACCUUCCCAGGGCUCCUGCAGCAUCUGACAACUCACUGCAGUCAAGAGGAAGGAGCUAUUGAAAAGGGACACAAAAAUCCUGCUCAUGUUUCAUGGAAGGAGAUUCAACUCAACCCAACUGGUGAGUCAAAUAGUGCAAACUCCACACAAGAAACGGGGAGCUCCUGACAGACCCCAUUAGGCAAAGAAGAAAUUCUCUUGUGCAGCUGCCUGACCUCCAUACUUUUGGUAUGUUUUUUCCCCACUUGCAUAGUUUACAUGCUUAAAAAUACAAAAGUGAGUGAUAAAACUCAUUCAACCAUUAAGCAAACAUUCAGAAUUCCAUAAAUGAGGCUGGCCAGAAUUAAGUUUCCUGUAUGUAUGAAGGAUGUGUGAUAAACAUGGAGAUGGACGGAAUGUUUGUCUCACCUAAUGUACAGGUGUUUAUCUUGAAAUACUGUUUACUUGGUUUUCCUACAUUUAUUUCUGACUUUAUUAUCUCAGCUUUAGUUUUACUUGCAAAGUGAAGCCUUUACUAUAACCAAUCCUUCCGUGUAAGACUUGUUGACAGCUAGUUAGGUCUGUGAAGUUGCAGUUUUGUGGGAUGGAUUUAUUAGGAACUUCCAGAUGCAAGUGGGAAAGAAAAAGCAGAUGAAGCAAUGAUUACUAUUACUUUAUUUUUCCUUUCUUAAGAGAUACCACAAAAUGACCAGGAUUGUUUUUAAGGGAUACAAUAUUUACAACGUUUUAGGCACCAUCCAGAAACCCUUUGGUGUGGAGUUGUGAAACUAUCUCCAGCCUCUUAGGAAACUGUACACUUGCCCUGUGGGAAAUGGUUGGGCUUGAUAUCUUAAAGGUCUUUUCCAACCUGGCUGAUUCUCUGAUUCUGUAAAAACAUCUGAGAAUCUCAUUUCCUGUUGAACCUUUCCACAUUCUAGGUGCAGACUGAACAAUUUCCAGGUUUGAGGUGUCUGAUAAUGGAAGAGCAGAAAAACCUAGAAAAUAAUGAGCACAGCUGAGAACUCUAGUGAGAUAUCCCCAGAGGUUGGGAACUCAGCAAGUCUGAGAUGCCACUGAGCUGUGUAGUGCAGUCAACAUGCUGGAGGGAAGGGAUGGGAUGGGAUCCAGAGGGGCCUGGACAGGCUGGAGAGGUGGGACCAUGUGAACCUCAUGGAGCUCAUCAAGCACAAGCUGCUGCCCCUGGGUUGGGGCAGUCCCAAGCGCAAACUCAGGCUGGGGGAGACUGGAUGGAGCAGCCUGAGGAGAAGGACUUGGGGUGCAGU